CUAGACACAGGCUUUGCAGCAGUUGAGCUGCUGGGACACUGUAAACCCCUGGUGACAUCCCUCCCUUUCAUAGGGCUUAGGGUGAUCUUGGCAUCUUCCUGUCAGAUAGUCUCAUUUAAGGUGCUGCCAGAAGAGAUGUUUCGCAGGAAAGCAAAGGCUUCCAAGUACAAGCCAGGUACCAAGACAAAGAGAAGAGCACCGUCGUCCAGACGCAAGCAUUUCAACAACCAGGCAAAAAAACACAAAGUUCAUCGAGAGAAACAGUUAAUUCAUCAAGCAGAAAGUCAUAAGAGUGUUUUGCACAAAGAGCCCGAAAAUAUAACAGAGAGGCUGAACAGACUAGAGGUAGAGAGGCUCAAGGGAGGAGACUUGGUUGAGUUCACGAAUGGAGUCUCGCUGGACUUUGGCGUCUACUUGGGUGAUGACACAGUGGCACAUUUGACAAGAAUCAGUAAAAAGUUUUCUUCUAAGUCUUCAGCUUGUUCCAGUAAUCAGCACUCCAGCGAAGUCCACAUGGAAGACGUUUUCGUUCUUGCCGGCAACAACAAGGUUGUACGCAAUAAUCUCUUGGAUGAAGAACUGAUACCACUUCCUCGCAGUGAGAUCAUGAUGAGAGUGGCGGACUGUCUGUGUCGGGUGGAUAUCCCCAACUUCCAGAACUCCACAGAGUUUGUUACCUGGUGCCGCUAUGGGGAGCCACCAGCCGCUAGAAAUGGUCCAUCUACGUUGCAAUAUUUUAAUCCUUUUUACUUGCUUCCUUUGCAUCGUCUUACUUUUACAAAUCUUUGUGACUGGGUCUUUCGUAACAAACAAAAGUGAGGUUUGUUUACCUGCCAAGCUUGUAGGACCUAUAUCUCUGUUCAUUGAAUUCUUUUGUUGGAGUGAGUUUCAAUUGUCGCUAUUACUCAAAAGCAAAUUCAGCAUCACAAAAGUGAAAUGUAGCAUUUGUAAUAAAGUGUUUGAUCUGUUUCAAGAGAUAAACUAAGAAAUGUGAUUCAUAAAAAUGUAUUCUAAACAAGCUACUCACAACGAUUAAUAGCACUCAAAACGUACUUAAAGCACAGUUUCGGUAAUCCAUUUUAUUAUUCAGAAACUAUAGAACAUUAAUUCAAUUUGUUUCUUUUUGGUUUAUCAAGCACUACAGGUUAGGAAGAGUUAACUACUGUCAAAUGUAAAACUGAGAAAAGUCAUUGUGGUUGUCAAUAUUUUUUUCUGCUACCUUGGCACUAUCACAAUAUUUUUAGAACGUAUUUUCUACGUUUAAUUAAGUUUGUUUAGACCAUUAACAGUCCACUGGUCAAGUUGCCAUCGUUCCUGUUAAUGACCUGAAAGAAUGUUGAAGUCGGGGCCAUAAAUGUUGACCAGUGAGACAUGACAGGCGGACCUGAACUGGACUGCUGUGUUCAAGACUUUAGUACAUGCCAGCUUCCCUGAAUCGGUUCCACAUCAAAGGGUUACCAGGGACAGGGAUAUGUGUUUGUGUAGAUUAGGUUGUUGAGACUGGAACUUACCAGAGAACGGUGGAUUUAUAUACAUGUGUAUUCAUGUGCAUUCUUGUGUGGAUAAGAUAUGUAUAUGCAGAUGGUCAGUUGUAAGUAUAGACUGUGCAUGGUACAUGCAGACUGUGAAUUAUAUUCGGUUGUUGGAAAACUUA